CCAAAAAAGGUUUACAAAUACAUAUACCUUUCUUAAAAAGCACAUUAUCCGGAGACAAUGACUUCAUCAACAUCUAGGCCUUUCACUAACCCUAUCAGUGUCGACGACAGCGAUGAUGACCGACCUCGUCAGCAAUGGCAGUAACGACGACGAUAACAACAACAACGACAGCAACAGCAACAGCAACAACAGCGAUGACAGUGACCAAAUGAUGACUGGGAAGAUGCAGAGCAAGAUGAAGACGAGAGCUGCCUGGAAGACAUCCUUGACAGAUUAAUUCUUUUCGACGACUUUGAUCCCGAUUUAGAAGAGGGCGGGAAUGAAUAUGUUCAAAGGAUGAAGGGAAGGGCGAAAUGGAGUGAUCAAGUGACUGCAGAGUCCAAGAGAUCUCUUGCGAACAUGUACGAACAGGGUGUGGAAGGUCGACAAUGCAAGGCCUCAAGCAUGCAACCAAAAACAAUUCACGACGCCCGGCAGACCGCACCAUUCGAGAGAAUGCACAGAAGCGACGAAAAAAAUUCGUGGCUAAUGGCUCGAGCAUUAAAAACUUCUUCCACCGUUCUGGGAGUGCCGGUUCUCGUCCUGCAGUUGGAAGGCCCCGAGAAGAAGUAGCGAGCAACUUUAUUCCACCCAUUUCCUCCACUUCCUCCACUUCCUCCACUUCACCAAACAGCGUGCAUUCGCCAUCGGACCCCCAGGCCCCAAUUACUCACGCUUUCCAGGAAUCGUCUCUUCUCCCACUGUUAGACAACCAAACAACAAGUUCUCCCAUCCCACAAUCUCCAACCCAUUCUGCGCAGAGCAACCAUGUUACAGUUGAGGCCUCAGGCAGCACCAGCAGGUUUUCUUCUUCUGCAGCGGCAAUUCCUAUCACAAAUGCUAUGCCUUUUUCUCCUUCUGGUGCUUCUGAACCAGGAGCCUUAUCUGAGAGAGAACAAGACGAGGAUGCGGACUAUGUGGAAGCGGGAGAUUCGGAUGAGGAUGAGGAAAUAUUUGAAGAAACAACACCAGGGAGGGAUCUUUCCAAGGUAGAGGUCGCAGAGGAAAUGUAUGACAAGAUCGAGAACUUAUUGAAGACGAGUCUGGGGCGAGGGAAACCUUUGAAUCUAGCCCGCCAACAUGUCAAGAUCUAUUAUCAAAUGCAGGCCGUCCUGACACUCAUACAGAGGGGCUGGACUAAAAAGGAUACUAGCAACCAUGUUGCUUUAGCUAUAUUUCCUUCUAUCGACGUUAUGGCAAGCUCCCAGAAGCCUGUCGUGCAAGCGACAACUCUAAGCGCUCCUUGUUGUUUAAUGAGCAAUUCCGUAAGAAGUUCGUUGAGUUUGCUGACGACCUUAAGGAAGUAUGUCCGAGUAACCGAUGCGAAGGAUGGUGUGGAACGUAUUGUCUAUCCUGAGGUUUUUGGAGCCGAGUCGACUUUGACUGUCCAUGUUACAACAGUCCGCCGCUGGCUUAUCCUUGUCGGUUACCGAUACUCGCGUAUCAAGAAAAGAGUCUAUGUUGAUGGGCAUGAGCGUGACGAUGUCCGUGAGUAUCGCAUCUGGUUCUUAGACCAGAUGGCUACGUACGAGAGGUACAUGACUUGGUACACUCCUGAUAGUAACGGCAUCCUCCAACCCCAUCCUCCUGCUCUUCGACCAGGAGAGAAAGAAAUAAUUGCGCCCUUCCAUGAUGAAUCUUCUUUCCAUGGGUAUGACAUGCCUAUUAUGGCUGGACCAAGGAUGGUAACAUGCCCAUCCGGAAGAAAAGUCAUGGUCGUGUCAUCAUGGUAUCAGAUUUUAUUCUCGAAUCAACCGGCACCCUCGUACUAAGGGACAACGACAGCAAUGUCAUCCAAAGGGCUAAGAAGAUUAUUUGCCCUGGAUCCAAUGGUGAUAACUGGUGGACGGCUGAGGACGUUGUCAAACAGACUAUCGAUUCCAUAGCGAUUUUUAACAGACUCUUUCCGGACAAAGUCGGUCUAUGGGUGUAUGAUCAGUCCUCCGCACACGCCUCUCUUCCACCUGGAGCCAUCCGUCCCUUUGCCAUGAACCGUGGAAAUGGUGGGACACAAAAGAAGAAUUCCGACACCGUAGUACCGGAAAAUGUGCCAGGAGAGAGCAUGAGGAAUCAGGUGCAGGAGAUGACAACCAAGGACGGGUUGGUAAAGGGGUUAGAACAGGUCCUGAAGGAAAGAGGUUACCAGACCGAUGGCAUCCACUCUAAGUGCAGCCCUGUCUGUCCAGCUGAGACUUCACAGGACUGUUGCUUAGCUCGGAUGCUCAGCCGCCAAGAAGAUGUACGCUCCCAGAUCUCUAUGCUGGAAGCAGCGAUCACUUGCCGUGGUCAUCUGUGCAUUUUUCUACCGAAAUUCCAUUGUGAAUUAAAUCCAAUCGAAAUGUACUGGGGCCAGACCAAACGGAAGUAUCGUGAUUCUCAAGAGUCAAAACUCACCUUUGCACAUCAACGUGCUUUGGUAGAGAAAUGUCUCGAUGAUUACAGCCUAGAAACGUUGAGGAAAUACAUCAACAGGGCGUGUACCAUGCUCGUAUUCUUUUACGAAACAUCUGCUGAUAUGUGCCACUCAUAGGCCUGGAGGUUUAUAUCUGUAUAUCGAAAGGGCCUAUCCUAUAAGGCUGCUGAGUGGGCAGUACGGCGACAAGAAUCACACCGGAAGAUGUCAGCCAGAGCUUACCGGCAUCUGGGUGGAAACUCUCAUUAAUAAUUAAUGACUUUCAUAUGUUUCGUAUUCCUUGAUGUAGGCCAUCAGUUUUCUAAGACGAAUGAAUGGAUAAG